AUGGAGUCCCGGGCAGAACCAUGGAGUCCCGGGCAGAACCAUGGAGUCCCGGACAGAACCAUGGAGUCCCGGGAAGAACCAUGGAGUCCCGGACAGAACCAUGGAGUCCCGGGCAGAACCAUGGAGUCCCGGGCAGAACCAUGGAGUCCCGGACAGAACCAUGGAGUCCCGGACAGAACCAUGGAGUCCCGGGAAGAACCAUGGAGUCCCGGGCUGAACCAUGGAGUCCCGGACAGAACCAUGGAGUCCCGGACAGAACCAUGGAGUCCCGGACAGAACCAUGGAGUCCCGGACAGAACCAUGGAGUCCCGGGCGGAACCAUGGAGUCCCGGGCGGAACCAUGGAGUCCCGGGCGGAACCAUGGAGUCCCGGGCGGAACCAUGGAGUCCCGGACAGAACCAUGGAGUCCCGGACAGAACCAUGGAGUCCCGGACAGAACCAUGGAGUCCCGGACAGAACCAUGGAGUCCCGGGCGGAACCAUGGAGUCCCGGGCGGAACCAUGGAGUCCCGGACAGAACCAUGGAGUCCCGGACAGAACCAUGGAGUCCCGGACAGAACCAUGGAGUCCCGGACAGAACCAUGGAGUCCCGGACAGAACCAUGGAGUCCCGGACAGAACCAUGGAGUCCCGGGCAGAACCAUGGAGAGACCAUCCACACCUGUGCUCUGCUCACAGAUGGGAAAGACUCUGACCCUGAGGACCUCACUGUGGUCACGGCUUCAGACGACGGAACUGUGAGAGUCUGGAACCCACUGCAGGUGGAGCACUGCGGCACGUUCACCGGACACUCGGCCGCCAUCCGCGGCCUGGUCCCGGUCCCGGUCCCGGUCCGAGGCCUGGAUCCAGACUCACAGAGGUCUGAGUUUCUCACUGUGUCUGCUGAUGGCUCGAUGCGGCGCUGGGAUUGGAGCAAAGAGGCCCCGUCCCUCCGUCAGGGCUCCGUCUCUGCCCUCAGCUUCUGUCAGAGGACGUCACUUCUCGCCGCUGGGUUCGAGAGCGGCUCUGUGGAGUUCUGGUUCAACAACCACCGGGUCGGAACCAAACAGGUGUCGAAGGCUGCAGUCACUGCUCUGUGCUGGAUCCCAGAGGAACAAGUCGCUGUGAGCUUCACUGAACCUCAUGUGGAUGUUUUCAGAGUCCACUGGAACCAGGACUCUGUCAGUGCGGUGAUGGUGAAGUCGUACCGUGUGGAGGAGCCAAUCACACGGCUGCAUUUCUGCUCCGUGCUGUUGGGCGUCAGCCGCGACGCUCUGAUCCUCGACGUGUUAACGACGGACUCCGAGAACUGGAGGCACAGGAUCAACAAUUGGCAGAAGCACAUGCGGUUCCUGGACCUGGUUCCUAACGAUGAGAAGAGCGUGUGGUUCCUGGGAGAACAUGAGAGAGACCUGACCCUGGCCUUUAUGGUGAGUUUAAACACAGUUUAA